AUGCCCGAUGAGUUUCUUGCCAAGAACCCUCCCCCGCUCUGGCUCACUCUCUACCACCUAGUCACCCGCCUCCCUGACACUCUGCGUGCUGUCAGGGAUCACUUCCUCGCUCGCUGCCCCACUGAGCUCACCAUUGCCCUCCUCGAGAAGGAACUACUUGCAGCUGAGGCUAGCAUAGUCACUGUAGCCUCUGCUUCUGCUGUCGACCUUCUUGGUUUUGAGAAGGUUGGGGCCGCGUCUGCCUUGAGCGGGCGUCGCAGCGGCAAGGGCAAAGGGGGCAAGGGAGGCGGAGGUGACGGCGGGGGAGGCGGUGGUGGGGGUAGUGGCGGCGGUGGGGGUGGUGGUGGGACUGGAGGGGCUAGUGGCAGCGGUGGGGGUGGUGGCGGCAACGGCGGGGGCGGUGGCAGGGGCGGGAGCGGUGGUGGAGGCGGCUGUGAACGUGGCGGUGGCAGGGGAGGAGGUGGUUGA